CCUAGAAGCUUCAAAAACAGCUGAGGUGUUUCUAAGUGUUUGUUUGGGUGAACAGGACAGCAAGGAUACAACAGAGGCGGGUCUGUUUCAGCAGCCAGUGAGGACAAUGUUCUCACACCUGUUGCUGUGGACAUGUUCGGCCUUGCCAGGUCUGCUGUUGGCCUCCAUAAGCAGUCUGUUGGUCGAGGGGGAGGACGCAGGCACCAGGAUUUGUAAACCUGCCCCCUACUGGGACAUAAAGGGACAGGCACCUAUGCAGGCAUUGCAGGGAAGUGUGGUGGCGGUGGCACUGCUGAAGGCUAGCUGACAGUUUUGUCUCACUCAGGCCUCCAAAAUUAGAGACCUGCGUGACAAGCUGAACCGUAGCAACCUGACAGAGGUGUCCUUCAUGAUAGUCAAUGAGCGAGAUCCUCUGUCCAGAGCAAUGUACUGGGAGCUGAAGAGAAACACACCUCCUGAAGUUCCAGUGUAUCAGCAGAAUCCCUUUCAAAAUGACGUGUGGGAGGCGCUGGAGGGUGACAAAGAUGACUUCCUAAUCUACGACAGGUGUGGUCUCCUUACAUUCCAUAUAGUGCUUCCGUACAGCUUCCUGCGCUUCCCCUAUGUUGAGGCUGCCAUCAGAGCCACCUAUUUUAAAAACAUCUGCAACUGCCCUACUAAUUUUACUGCAGUGAUUGGCAUCGUCCCCAAGAACGAUUCGCUGCCAGACAAUGUCAACCACACCACGGCAUCGCCCACAAAUCAAGUGGAUACAGACGAUUCCGAAACGACAGUGACGACUCCUCAGCAGAUACAUACAAACCACCACCAUCGUGACCAUCAUCAUCAUCUUCGUUACGGCCACCAGAAUCAGUCUUAUCAUCAGAAGGACCAGAAUACAACUCAAAGUCUUGGUCAUCUUCAUCAGCAUCAGCAUCAUCAACACUCUCACUCUCCACAGUCCUCGAAUCACAGUCUUCAUACUAGAAAUGAUAAUUAGGAUAACAGUUUCGGUCCUAUUUGUUUUGGUUGGCAUCGAAUUGGACAUUUAUCCUGAACAGUUGUCGUAAAAUGGGUCAAAUCCGUUCAAUUCAUUUGAAGCAUUAGCAAAUUCCUUGCUGCGUCUGCUCGCAUCUUCUCCCCGUGUGUGGAAACAGUAGCUGACGUUCCUCUGUGUGCACUCCUCGUAAUGAAGUCUACAGUCUGGAACCUGGCUACAGGAAGCUGCAGAUGGAUGUGUCAGGGGAGAUGCAUUGGACUGACAGGUGCUGUUUCUCAGACAGAGGCAGAUGAUGUGGUGCAUUGAUGCUGAGCACACCUCAGUCUGUUUAUUGUUUAAACCUUCUGUUCCUCCUGUGCCUCAUUAAUUAGUAAUGAACUAAAGUAAUGCGUACAUUUAGUUUUACAACACACACCUACGCAUUUACAAUGUUUUUGGUGCGCUACUCCUUGGAAACGAGAUGAAUGGGUAUCAUUUUUGAAUUUUCGUGAGGUUUAUGUAUCUCCCGACCACAAGUUAGUAGUCGCGCACACUAGUUGUCACUCGCAAAGACUUUUAUGCCAUUUUCCGGGUUCUGUACAUUCUAGUUAACUUCUAUUCUGGAUGAAAGGAUGUGUCUGUUUCAGGUCACUGUUUUUGUCAUUUAUACGUUUAAGUUGAUUAUUAAUCUUUAGUUGUUGUUUUUUUCUUCUUCUU